UAGAUUUUGUUCUUUCUUUUUCACGGAAUAGAAUUUGCCCUAUGGCGCUUCUCUGGUGCAGCGCUGGAUCACCAAAUGCGAAGGCUCUUGUUCUUUGUUGCUCCUGCGUUGUCGGGAUCGUCGCUGUAGUCGUGGUUGCGAGAAGAGUCCGGCGGCGCGUCGCAGAAGACGACAAUGAAGACGAGGAAAUCAAGCCGCAGAAGAGAUUCAAGAGAAUCCUGGCUGAUAACACUCCAUUGCCGUUCGUUCACUUGGAAAUUCCAGGCAAAGGGGAGGAUUCGCAUCCUUAUGGCGAUGAGAUCAGAGCUCUGCUAGAGGGUCCAGUUCUUCCAUUGUUUGAAACCGAGCAGCCAUUGGCUGAGAUGGAAGAACCAUUCGUUUGGAUCGAAACGAAGGAAGCUUUGGAGGAUUUGGCACAGGUUUUGUCCGAGGAAAGUGAGUUUGCUGUGGACACCGAACAGCACAGCAUUCGAUCGUUCCUUGGAUUCACGGCUCUCAUCCAGAUAUCAACGUACAAACGCGACUAUUUGAUAGAUGCAAUCGCACUGCAUGACGAGAUGGAGACCUUAAGGCCUGUCUUUGCGAAUGCUUCUAUUUGUAAGGUGUUUCAUGGUGCUGACAGCGACAUACUCUGGCUACAACGGGAUUUUCACAUCUACGUUGUUAAUCUCUUCGACACAGCUCGCGCUUGCGAUGUUUUAGGAAAGCCUCAAAGGUCCCUGGCUUAUCUCUUGCAAACUUACUGCAACAUAUCGACAAAUAAAGCUUUCCAGAAGUCAGAUUGGCGUCAACGUCCUUUACCUGAAGAUAUAUUACUGUAUGCUCGCAGUGAUGCGCAUUUCUUGCUGUACAUAGCUAGGAAGCUAUAUUCCGAGCUUCUCCAAGGAGAAACCGACCUUGCGAACGCCCCGCUGCAAAUGGCAACGCGAAGGUCACACUUGAUUUGCUUGCAACUUUACGAGAAGGAUGCUUCAUCAGCGUCGGCAGCUGCGUCUUUAUUUUCGAAGUUUCAGGAAUCCAAUCUGGAUAAGCCUCGGGAGGCAUCGAUGCGUAGGCGACUCAGGUUGCUGUGCGAGUGGCGAGAUGCUGUGGCAAGGAUUGAAGAUGAGAGCCUGCGUUUUGUAUUAUCAGACGCGGCUAUCGUAGCUAUUGCAAGAACACUUCCUCGAACUGGAAAAGAGGUUUAUCGGUCGAUUCAUGCAGCUGACAUGGCGACGUCAACCGACUCGAGUAAAACAAGCUUGUUACCGUCGCCAUCUCCCCUAGUCAAAAGGCAUAUCAGCUCAUUGAUCCUCGCAAUCAAAGAUUCAGCCGCUAACGCCACCUCCGGUGAGCAGCGGGAUGACAAGAAAGGGAGGAGAUUCUUAUUCAACAAGAGAAGCAACUCCGAACUCAAACGCACGCAGUUUGUAAAGAAAUUUUCUUGCAAGGGCCUGGUGUACGAAAACUGCCGAAUUUAUGCUGGAGAUGGCCGUCUUCUGUGUUAUUGCGACCGGAGAAAGCUCGAAUGGUACUUACAGCGGGGUCUUGCAGAACGCUUAAAUGAAGAACCGCCAGCUAUACGUCUUUGUUUCGAGCCAAAAGGACGUCCAGAAGACGAGAACAACGAGUUUUACAUUCAGAGCAAGUCCAACCAGUGCGUCGGGUGUGGAGAGAGUAGCCAUUACCUGCGUUACAGGAUCAUCCCUUCCUGCUAUAGACAACACUUUCCAGAGUAUUUGAAGAGCCACAGGUCUCACGACAUAGUGCUCUUGUGCGUGGAUUGCCACGAGAAAGCGCACCGUGCGGCCGAGAAGUACAAGCACGUUAUUGCACUUGAGUCCGGGAUACCAUUGUUCGCGAGAAAGAUUAUUGCUGCCGAAGACGUGGAAGGCUCUGGAUACUCAGUCAUUGAGAGCGAGACGGGAGUUCCACCACUGCAGCUGCGCAACGCAGCAAUGGCACUACUGUGUCACGGGCCAGACAUGCCAGAAAGCAGACGAGCAGAGCUGGAGAUGGUUAUAAGUGGCUACUUUGGUGGUCGUCAAAUAGACGAAGCAGACAUGAAAGCUGCAGCGCUUGUAGGCAUUGACCCGAGGGGAAAGAAGCGGCUAACUAGGAAAAUCGACAAGCUACUACGGAAGAAGCAGGCGCACAACAGUAACGCUGCGGUUGAGUCACCGGUGGUAGAAAACGGAGAGCCAGGCAAGAACCCGAAGAAAACGCACAAGAUAUCGCUUCUCGGUCAUGGGUUACACGGGAAGAAAGUUGUGGAGAAGAUAUGGGAAGGGCAAGGCGAGGACGGCAUCAGAGAUUUUAUACAGAGGUGGCGUAUGGUGUUCGUGGAUGCGGUUCAUCCGGGUUAUUUGCCUACGGGAUGGGAGGUCACGCACAGUGGACGUCGUGAAUUCGGAGAGCACAGUGUCUACCGGCCGAAAUGGCUAACGCGCACCUGAGAGAGAGUCAUCGUCGGUGGUGUCGUCGUCUUCUUGUCUGACAACUUAAACGUCUACCUCGCUCGCUCGCUGCUCGUUGGUUCGUCAGGCUGUUCGUUCGUACUACUUUUGAGCGUUUUGGGAAAAUCGCGGUGGUGUUCAUGCACGCACUGGUGGAGUGAGUGGUGGAGUGGUGUGCCAACAAGUUGAAGUUAAGGGCACGCUCGCUCCCAUCCAUUCCAGGUUCAUCAUUUUUUUUUUUCAUUUGGAGUUGUUUGGCAAGUUCAAGGGGCCAGCCAGCCAGGCACCACUGACUGACUCACACCUAUACGAGUCGGGGUUGCAGCUUGCAGCAGCAGGGAGCAUUAUAUAUUUCCUCGCACCAGUGGCUGACAACUUACAAGCGUUGGAGGCAAGCAAUGGCCAUGGCACACCGUACUGAGCGAGCGCCUGCGCAAGCUUCGCCCAAAGAAAAUGCCAAAGUCGGGAAAAACUACUCUGGCUGCUGCCCCAGAGACGUGAAGAAGAGAUAAAAAGAGCCAGUCACUAAAUCGCUCUGGCGGUGAUGGCUGGUUGUCUCGCCUUUCUCUAUUUUCCCGUGACUUGCGCGGGGAUGAUUCAAGAAAUGUCAGCUCGGUCGAUCGAUUUCACUCGAAGCUCAAGAAAACUCGCGGAAGGAAAGAAUGCUGUGCGGCCGCUGACCACUGACACACACAUUCAUCAAUGUUGAAGAUUUGGAGGAGAUUUUGAAUGGCAUGCAUCAUGUGUCAUGCGCGGUGGCCAUGAUGGGUAUCAUCCAUCCGGGGAAAACGAAAAGAAUGUAAGCCCGACCCAGCGAAAGAUUCGAACCAUCGACGCGUUCCUCGGACUGAAUCGCGGAAGAAUGAAUUUCCGUGGGGUUUUUAUGGUUCCGUACGCAUACGCAUGCGAUACGAUUUGUCGCUAAAUACGGGGACAAAUGCGUAUUUUUUAAGUAUUUCUUUGGUAUGUUCCCUUGUUGUCAAAUGUUUGGUGCCUGUCUAGCGGUUUUUGUUGUUGGAAGCGGAUCAGUGACAGGAAAAGUCUCUUAAAAAACUAGUUUUUUUUUCCAGUAA